GGAAGGCACCGCGCGCCCAUUGGCUGCAGCCAGCCGCGCCUGGGCGGACUGGAAACCAGCUUGCUGAAGCGCGGGGUUGCAGGAACGGCGAGCCGCUUUUUCCUGGACUUGGCGGCCGCCUGGCAUCCUCAGGAAGAUCAAGAUGGAAGGCCUAACUGAUGUUGCCUCUUUUUCAACUAAACUUCAAAACACUCUUAUCCAGUAUCAUAACAUUGAAGAAGAUAAGUGGCGAGUUGCCAAGAAAAUGAAAGAUGUAACAGUUUGGAGAAAACCCUCAGAAGAAUUUAAUGGGUAUCUCUACAAAGCCCAAGGUGUUAUGGAUGACAUCGUCAAUAAUGUAAUAGAUCACAUACGCCCAGGACCCUGGCGCUUGGAUUGGGACCGGUUAAUGACUUCACUGGAUAUUUUGGAGCACUUUGAAGAGAAUUGCUGUGUGAUGCGUUACACCACUGCUGGCCAGCUUCUGAAUAUUAUUUCCCCGAGAGAGUUUGUUGACUUCUCCUACACUGUAGGCUAUGAAGAAGGACUUUUAUCCUGUGGGGUUAGUCUUGACUGGAGUGAAACGAGACCAGAAUUUGUCCGUGGCUAUAACCAUCCCUGCGGCUGGUUUUGUGUUCCGCUUAAAGACAAUCCAAACCAGAGUCUUUUGACAGGCUAUAUUCAGACAGAUCUGCGUGGCAUGAUCCCUCAGUCAGCAGUAGAUACAGCAAUGGCAAGCACACUAACCAACUUCUAUGGUGAUUUGCGAAAAGCCUUACGGAAGGCUUAAUACGUUCAACUCACAGUGCUGAGGUUUGCUGAGCCUGCUCUUCCCCUCAGCUGCAUGACCUGUAAAUGCCAUCAACCCUGUCUGCUGCGCAGCCCAUAGAGACGUUGGAGGUGUUUGGGGUUCCAUAGUACAAUCUUAUUUUAUAUUAAAAGUGAGUAGCUAUGUAAAUAGGGCAUUUACACUUUUUAAAGCUUUUCUUUGCACUUGUUUGGUUGUGGAAGUGUGUCUAGGAAUGGGAAGGAUGAAACACCAAGAUUUAGAUUCAGUGUUGUCAUUCACAGAAGUAAAACAGCACCUCAGGAGGAAAUUUUUGGCUGCUUAAAAAUUACAAAGUGUGCAAGCACAAUGCUAUUCAUGCUAUUUUGGCGCUUUUUGAACAUUUUGUAAAAUUUUAAUGGUUCUUAAUUUAACUGUUCUACUUUAGUCUUGGUAUGUUAUUUGAGUUUGCCAAUAGUUUGGACAAAAGGAAAAAGUCUUCCAUGGUCUGUAAAGACAAAGUUCAUUGUUCACUGACUUGUACUGUUUUAUGUAUUAGAAAGCACAAACAACAAGAGAGUAGCCGUUCUUAUAACCAUAGGCACAACUCAAUACAGUUUAAUUUUGAUAUUCUUGUACAAAGCCUGUAAAACAUAUGUGCAUUUAUUCUGGGAGUGACUGG